UCAUAUUGUUCUUCGGAUACAGCAGGAAAUUGGUGUGGUUCUGCGAACAGGAGUGAAAAACACAAAAUUGGACUGCUUUCCGUGUGCAAAAAUGGAUGGUGAGAAGCGUAAAUUGUCAGAGUUGCGCGUGGUGGACUUGCGGCAUGAGUUAGAAGAGAGAGGACUUGAUAUCACGGGCGUGAAAACGAUUCUGCAGGAGCGUCUGAGAUCGGCCCUGAUUGACGAGGAAGAGGAUCCUGACACCUAUAUCUUCCUCAUUGGGACCAAGUCGCCAAAGAAAAGUGACGCUGCCCCUGUGACGCCGCAGAAGAAAGAAGAGGGGCCUGCGAAGAAGCCAGAGGAGUCUGAGGCGAAGGAGGAUGAAGAGGAAAAAGAGGAGAGCGGCGAUGAGUUGAUUCUCGAUGAUUUGGUGGUGAAGGAUGAUUUGGACUCGAGUUGGCAGAAGAAGGACGAAGAGGAAGGGGAAGAACAGAAAGACAGUGGUGAGAAGGCAAAUGAAGGAAAUCAGGAGCAAAAGCCAGAGCAGGUUAUUGAUAAGAAGGAGGAAGAGGCAAAGUCAGAGGUGCAAGAGGAAAAGGAGAAACCUCCACAGGAAGAUGAGGCUUCCCAGGAAACUGAGAGCAACAACAUUGACAAUGAGGACUCUCUCAAUUUGACCAUUGGCGAGGACGAAGAGAAGCUGCUACAGGAUGUUGUGAAGAAUGAAAAGGAGAAAUCACCACCGAAGAAAGAUGUUCAGCCCAAGGUGGAUAAAAGUGAGUCAGCAAAGUCUGCUCAGAGUGCAUCUGAUAAGGAGGCGCAGAAGUUAUCGGCGAAACCUCAGAGAAAAGUGGUUGCAAGCAAGCCGAGUGGAGUGCAGGAGAAGUGUAGCGGGGAUAAUUCAAGUGGAUCAGGUGGUGCGACUUCCGGUGCAUCGGCGGCAGCAGGUGGAAAAGAUGCGAAGGAUGUUGGAGAUGACAAGAAGUCAGGCGAUGCGGUGGUGAAAAAGAAGAGUUCAUCUGAUGAUGAAGAGAAAAGCGGAGAGAAUGGCGUCAACACAGCAACGUCUGGCGAUGACAGGACACAGAAGAAAGAGAGCAGCGAUCAAAAGACAAACGCCGGCAAAUCAUCUACGGCAAAAGAUGCCAAAGAGGAAUCUGAAGACAACAAGGCAGCAUCAACCGGCGCAACGGAUAAGGAGAAGGGCAGAUCGGCUAGUAGUGGAGCGACGCCGAGCAGGAAUCUCUGGGUGUCUGGACUGUCAUCCAUGACCAGAGCGACGGAUUUGAAGCAGCUCUUCUCCAAGUAUGGAAAGGUGAUUGGCGCAAAGGUGGUGACCAACACGCGAACGCCAGGAACACGAUGCUACGGCUACGUGACGAUGAACUCCACAGAGGACGCAAAUCGGUGCAUCGAGAAUGUUCAUCGCACUGAACUCCAUGGGCGGAUGAUCUCAGUGGAGAAGGCGAAAUCGGACCUGGGACUGGCCAAGACUGCAGCAUCCACGGGCAAGGCAGCGGCUGCUGGUGGCGGUGGAUCCAAGAAGGAUGUCGGUGAUGCGAAGGCUGCCGUCGGAAAGGGAGAUCGUGCUGAGGGUGACAAGAAGCCGGUGACUUCAAAGAAGCCAGCAGAUUUGACCAACAAGGCGAAGCCCAAGGUGUCUCCACCGAAGCGCAGUGCUGACAAGAGGGUGCCGGAUGGCGCGGCUGCCAAGAGGAAGCGUGAAUCGUCGGAGCGCGGCGGCGACUCAGGUCGCAAUGAAACUAAACGUGAUCAUUCCAGAAGCGGAGACAGCAAGCCAGCAACGCAGGGUGAAGCGGCGCGAAGUGUCAGCAAGGAUCGUGAGAUGGAGCGUGCGCGCGAAAAGCAACGGGAGCGCGAGCGUGAGAUCUUGUCGUACGACAAGAUACGGAAUGAGCGUGAGCGGGAGCGCCUGCGGGAGAAGGAGCGCGAGAUACGCGAGGAUGAGCGCCAUCGACGCGAAGUGAGGAGACGUCAGCGUGAGGAGGAGCAACGCCUGGAGCGGGAGCGUGAGAAGCUGAAGCAAGAGCGGGAGAGGCUGGAGCGCGAAAAGGCUGAUCUGCUGCGUAUGGAGCGAGAGCGCCAGAAGCUGGAACGUGAGAAGAUCGAGUUGGAACGUCUUGAGAUCAAGAGGCAGCAAAUGAAAAUUGAAGAGACAAAGAGGAUCCUAAAGCGUCCAUCUAGCGAUGAUCGUGAUCGUUAUGCAGAAUCUGACAGAAAGCGUGCAGCUCCGAAUGAUCGUCGCUUUGAGGCUCCGCCACCGCCACGUUUUGACUCUGUUAUCAGUCGUCCCAGCAGGGAAUACGAUCGCGUAAACACGGCCGACAAGAAGAGGAAUGACGAUUACAGCUCCAAGCGUGACGAUUAUCGCUCAUCAAAGGGUCGCGAUGGUGGACGUGCUGCUGAAGACUACAGUGGCUCAGCGAAGCGUGAUGACUACAAACGCGGCGGCGACACGCGCGGCAAUGACUCGCGUGGUGGAAGUCGUGGGGAUUCCUACAAGCGCGAAGGGGAUUACAAGUCAACGCGCCAUGGGUAUGAGUCGGGAAAAGAGAGCCGGUACAGCGAUCAUCAGUCGGGGGACUCGAGGACCGGGGCGUCGUCGUACCGGGGAGGGGGCAACCGCAGUCUCGGAAACGCGUCAGGAGGAGGCGGGGGAGGAGGAGGAAACCAGCCGACGAACGGUGCGAGCGGGCUAGCGAACGAGGAGCGGAGCACGAAGACGCGAUACAUGGAGAAUCAGUACACACAGGAGAGGGCAGUGUCAUCCCCAUGGCACAACUCAGGCCCACCGCCGAUCAAGAACUUCAACAACAUCCAACCGAUAUCAUCAAACGACAUAUGGAACAAGUCUUCAGAUCCUGGCUGGAGAAACAUGGAAUCCACUAAUGAUCGAUAUGAUCGCACAUAUAAUGAGCGCAAAUCUCAAACUGUGCCAUAUAUCGAUCAGUCGCGCCAGAAUUCUUCAUUCAUGAGUCGCCCGCAGGACAGAUACAGCAGCUCUAUGUCUGCACGCUUCGACAGCAAUCGUUUCUAAGGAUUGCGCCAGCAUAUAAAGUCGCAUGAGACAUCUCACAUAAAUUAUAUGCUAGAUUUGAAA